AUGGACCUUCCCGACGUCAGCGCGUUUCAUGCCGACGCUCAAUCCUUCGCCGUGGAUGACACGAUGCAACACAUUGUGGCGCAUCAACAUGAGCUAAUUCAGUGUGCCAAGACGAAGUGGGCAUCAGUCCGUCUCUUGCCCGACCACGGCAUGGCCGGUCCAUGGUCCAUUGCCAUUGGCAGUAUCCACUCUCCCCAGCCGAUGAUGCCCGCUGGAGGGAGCUAUCACCAGACAGCAUUGCUCGCGAACGGCCCUAUGUACUCGUACGCUCAAGGGGGCCGGCGAUCCCAUACUACUCGACAUGCGAUGUCGCACAGCCCCAGUACGGCGCAGUACCGAUGCUAG